AUGCAGUUGCUCUCUGAAUUUACUUUGGCGCUGGCCAUGGCUGCUGGCGCGAUGGCCGGUGCUUUAGAUGCCAGUGCAAGUGGUACUGGGACUUUGGUUUCGACCUCGAGCGCAAUUUCUUCAAGUGCUACUUCAAGUGCUAGCACGGCGACUGCCACAACUACCACUACGGCCAAUCCAUACGGUGCGUACGGACAAUAUGGGAACUAUGGAGCAUAUGGAAGCUAUGAAAGCUAUAAGAAGAGAGCGACGAAGUAG